AUGCCCGACGAACAUAUCGUAAUCGAAGACCACCCUCGACCUGCAGUUCAGGCUGUCGAGCCGACCCCACACGAGCGUCAUUGUGAUCCCAAAGCGGAUGUUGUGUUAGUCUCCAAGGAUCAAGUGCACCUGCGUGCAUAUAGUCACCGCCUGAAACAAGUCAGCAAAUUCUUUGCCGAUUUAUUCACCCUUCCCUCUGAACCUGAACCUAUCAAUCUUGAUUUCGACUCUUCCGUCAUUUCCAUCUACCUCGACAUCGUCAUCGCUCCUACCUACUGCUAUUCAGUCAUCGUUGACCAGCAUAAUGACGACUUCGAGAUUUUGAAACCGCUUCUCCGAAUCAGCGAAUACACCAUAAGUGAAGAAAUAACUAAGAGCGUAUGGCAAGUAAUAUACGAGAUGGUUUUUGUCUACCCACAAAAGAUUUUGAUCUUAGCGCGCGAACGUCAAGACAUCGAUUUGGCUCGCCAAGCUAUCGGUUCGGAUUCUAUCGAGUUACCUCAUCUAUGUGGGGGAAACGAAUGUGAAGGACGCUGUUGCCCUUACGAAUGGAGUGAGGGUUGCAGUGCAACCUUAAAUAAGUUUCAAAGAUUUCUUAGACCCUUAGAUCCAGCAUAUCAAGUGGAAAUCUUACAGUUGAUGUUAUUGAGAAGUAAGAUCAAGGCUGAUAAUCCUGAUGUGGAAGGGAAAAAGGAAGUGAUGAAAUGGAAUGAAGAAGAUUGGACUUGGAUAGCGGAGAAAUUCGAUCCAGGCCGAGCGCUGAAUGAGAAAAUCUGA